UCCAGUGUUUGCUGUGCAUCUGUCCCUCGGGGUUCCAGAGGACAGGUUUACAGGUUGGACAGUCAAGAUAAUAUGGAAAAAGGAAAUUAUUUGUGCGGGUACCAUUAUCAACAACAAGUUUUUCCUUACACUUAGAGACUGCAUUAACGAAAAGAAAAUAGAAGACUACACAGUAGUAGUGGGAGAAGAGGAAGUUCGCGAUAUUUCCUACAUUCUCGAGAGUCCUGAUGAUGGUGACGUCGUAACAGUAAGACUGUCUGAAAAAGUGAUGAUCGCUCAGCCUGAUAUUGCUAGUAUUCCUAAGGUUGCUAAUAAGGCACAGAUAGUAAAAGCAAGACAAAACAAGCGGGAGAAUUACAUCAGCGGAAUUGACAGCACAGGGGACGACCUCUUCCUCAAAAUAAACGUUCUGCCGGACAAUAAAUGUAAAGGUGGCUUUACACGUGGUGAACACCUCUGCUUUGCUGAAAUGUCCAAAGAUGAAGAGGAAAGUGCGUGCUCCUUGAUGCCCGGCUCACCAAUUGUCUCCUACAUAGGCCAGUCCUGGACAUUGUUAGGACUUGCAUCCUUUUCAAAAAGAUGCAAAGGUCAACAGAAGAAAGCCUUGAAUAUCGUGAGUUAUCGUCGGUGGAUCAACAAAAUUAUAAGUACUCUAGUUUAUGCCUCUGUUUUCAUUUUUCUCUUUAUCUUAGUUGAAAGUCAAGAUUAA